AUGCCGCAGCGCAGAAGUCAUACUAAAUCUCGCCGAGGAUGCUCGCAAUGCAAGCAGCGUCAUGUCAAGUGCGAUGAAUCCAUGCCCAGUUGUGGCUAUUGCCUCAAGCGUGAGGUCGUAUGUAGCUUUAUCGCUCCUAGCAAUGAUAACACGCCAGGCUUGACUGCCUCACCAUCUGGUCGGUCAGAAUCUACAACAUCCCCUGCUCCUCGGACUACAGAAACCAGGGUCUUGGAGCUCAGACUGAUGCAUAACUGGUCAACCAACGCAUACAAAUCGCUAAGACAGCACUCCGACGAAACUCAUUUAUGGCAAGUCGUCGUACCAGAACUGGCCCUCUCACACGAGUAUUUGUUGAAUGCGCUCCUGGCUCUAUCUGCCCGUCAGAUUUCCUUCGAGGACCCAAGCUGGGACUGGGCUGCUUUGGAAUAUGAGGGCAGGGCCCUCUCAGAAUUCCAGCAUGUUCUAGGUGCCCUGGAUUCCAGCAAUUGCGAGGCUAUAUUUGCGUGCUCCAUACUUAUAAUGGUCUUCUCUCUGGCACAGUCUCACUGGCAACACAGCCGUCAGUUAUCAGAUGCUCUGGUCGACAUUCUUGAGCUGCGCCAAUUCAUUUCUGGUGUUGGUUUGGUGCAUCGAAACUACAGUGAUCUCUUGCAUCUCUCGAGCUUCGGGACUUUGUUCAAUCAGCACACACCGAGUAACUUAGACUCUGGAAACGGGACAGGCGUACCAUUGCCAGAUAUGUGCCGCAAAUCUCAUUCUGAUGCCAUAUCAUAUCUCCAGCACGCUAUGAGCUCGUACUGCACAGGCGGCAUCAUGUCAGAGAUCAUGACAUGGCCAGCAACACUGGGCGAUGAGUAUAUGAGUCUUAUUGAGGCGAGAGACUCACUAGCACUGGCAAUACUCGCACACUAUGGAGUCAUCAUCCAUCUGCUCCGCGACCGAUGGUGGGCUGCGGAUGCCGGAAAGCGUCUAGUGCUUGCAAUCCUACCGAUCCUACGCGAAUCACAGCAAGAUUUGGCCGACUUGGUGCAACGAUCGUGGACCGCUGUGGCAAGUGAGCAAUAA